CCAUUGUUUUCGGUUCCGGCUCCAAGUCCAUGUGUGGAAUGGGGAAAUGUAGGGCAUGAAAUGCUGGAUGCUGCAGAGGCAGCAUCGGCUUUUGCCCUGCAAACCCCACACAUGCGGUGAGUGGAGGCAUGCUCAGUGUGACUCCAUCAGCAGGAUUACCAGGACAACCAGAGCAUAGUAUAAGUAGAAGAGCUUCAGCUUCGUUCAGCUCAAGUUCCAGUUCAACCAGCAGCAGCGGCGAACAUGCCGAUGAGGACGAUGAACUUGCAAAACAAGCAAAAGGAACCGCUAGACGGCGGGUAUCCCUUGCUGAUGAAGCCACUCAUGUGUUGCAAGUCCAAGCAGCAGUUGAAGCAGCAGAUGAUGCUGAAGCGCAGAAAGACCCUGGAUGCCUGAGAAAGGUUUGUGCCACUGGCACUCGGAAGUCACUUCAGGCAGUUGUUCGCAGCCGCCCCUUCGUCCUGACAGUGGCCUUUAUCAUCACAGCCAAUGCGGUCUACAUGGGAAUAGAAGUGGAUGCAAAUCCAGGAGUAGUGCAGGAUGGGCAAAGAGUGGAUCAGUCAGGAUGGGCAGCUGUGGAGAUUCUCUUUUCUGUCAUAUUCACCAUUGAAUUGAUGCUUCGAUUGAUUGCGACUAUUCCUGCCAAAAAGUUCUUCUACAGUGGCUGGAACUUAUUUGAUUUGCUCAUUGUGGCAGUAUCAAUUGUGGACAAUAUCGUGACCAUCAUUUUGAGGAAUGCUACGGAGCUGGGUAGCUUUUCAUAUCUACGUUUGCUGCGGCUCAUCAGGGUGAUUCGCGUUUUCAGGCUCCUGCGUGUGCUGGGCGGGCUUUGGAAACUUGUCCGUGGCAUUUUGAAUGCGGCAUGGACGCUGGUUUGGACGUGGGUGCUGUUGGCCAUUGUCAUCUACAUUUUCAGCAUUGUCUCGACACGCUUGAUCGGUCAGGCAGCAGACCCAGGUAAUGGUGAGAUCAAUAAGUGGUUCGGGUCUGUGAUAAGGAGCAUGCUAACUCUUUUUCAAGCGACCACCACGGAGGGCUGGGCAGACAUCGCCAGAGAGGUGAUGAAGACUCAGCCUUGGUCUGCCGGUUUCUUCAUUUUGUACCUUCACGUCACCACCUUUGCCAUUCUCAAUGUGAUGAUUGCGGUCAUUGUGGAAAGCACAUUGGAUGAGGCUGACCAGAGCAAGUUGAAGUCAGCAGAGAAACGGCUUGAAGACCUUCGGAAAGCCUACGAGAAGAUUUACAAGGUCUUUCUAGACGGUGAUUGUGAUCAAGAUGGGGUUCUCACCAAAGACGAGUUUCUUCAACAGAUCGAGCAGCCCAAAGUGUCCAAGUAUUUUGAGGAGAUCGGUAUAGACCCGAAUGAAGCAGAAUACCUCUUCACAAUUCUGGACUACGACGGCAGUGGUUGCCUUGAUGCCUCAGAGUUUGUUGGAGGACUCUUGAAGGUGAUAGGGACCGCCAAAGCCAAAGACAUUAUGGCAGUCCAUUGCGAAUUGCGCCGCUCCGAAAAGGAGGGUCACCGGCAAAUAGCGAUGCUAGAGCAGAGCAUAGAUCGCCGCAUGGAGCUUGUUGAGACAGGUGUUGACACCCUGCGAGAUGAAGUCCAUGCACUUGCUUUGGCAAUUGGUGUAUCACUAGAAACUCGUCCUGCAUGACAGAAGGGAAGAGCAAUCAAAGCCUCAAACAGUCUAUUUCUGGCUGCCUUUUUGAAGAAAAGGUGAUCGAUGGUUAGAGUCACGUCAGAUUGGAGC